AUGCUGCAAAGGACUGCCACGGGUACCUGGCUCCCUGCCUGGGUGCCCCAAUCGACGGUAACGCUCUCAAUCUUCUUGAUAUUCUGCUCUAUGGUGCAGUCGGCGACUGGUGGCUAUGACGGGUCCAUGCUCAAUGGUCUCAACAUCUUACCUUCGUACACGGAUUAUUUCAAUCUCAAUGCUGCCACCACCGGCCUCAACACUGCUUCCGUCUUUAUUGGCGGCUUUUUCGGGCCUCUGGUAUCUGGAAUCAUUGCAGAUCGCCUCGGCAGACGUCCAGCUGUGCUCUGGGGUUCGGUAUUGACUUUAGUUGGUGUCUUGCUUCAGACUGCCGCACAGAAUAUUGCAAUGUUCGUGGUCGCUCGCAUUGUUCUGGGAUUUGGCUCGGCCAUUUCUGGCAUCGCUGGUAGUGUCUACUUGGCAGAAACCUAUCCAAGCAAGUAUCGCGCAUGGGGCGUCGGCCUUUUGAAUGAUUUUUACUAUCCCGAAUCUCCACGCUGGCUGAUACAUCAAGGCUUGUAUGAUGAAGGACGUAUAGCUGUUGCUCAGACGAACGCCAAUGGAGAUCUGAGUGACCCCGUUGUACUCGCAGUAUACAAGGAGAUUGUCGACACUCUUACCUGGGAGAAGGAGAAUUUGAUGACAUUCAAAGAAACUAUCAAAAACCCCAUUUCGCGAAAACGUCUCCUUAUCGGUAUGUCACCAGGGCCUUUCUCUUGCAUCGCAGGCAAUAUCAUUGCCUCGUACUACCUUGGCCCCGAACUGGAUACCGCGGGUAUCACAAACUCGAAUGAUCAACUCAAAGCGAACGUCGUGCUCAACGUAUGGUGUCUUGCAUGCGCUCUCGGCGGUACACACCUGGCUGCACGAUGGGGUCGCAAACCUACCGCAAUACUUUCACAGUGUCUACUCAUCAUAUGUCUAUUCAUUAUUGGAGGGCUGUCGAAGAUGUACGCCGACAACCCUAAUGGAGCAUCAAAAAGUCUCGUCUAUGGCGACGUGGCCGUCAUGUUCUUAUUUCAAGGCUUCUACUCCAUUGCAUGGACACCGUUGCUCUACCUGUAUCCACCUGAGAUUAUGAACUAUGCAAUUCGGGCAAACGGCCUUGCAUUCUCCUCAUUCAUGCUGAAUGCUCUCGCCGUUCUCCUUGUAUUCAUUAUGCCAAUUGGUUUGAAUAAUAUUGGGUGGAAGAUGUACAUAAUCAACGGGUCAUGGGAUAUCAUAGUGGUGGUACUAAUUGUGGUCUUUUGGGUUGAAACGAAGGGUCGAACUCUCGAAGAAAUCGACGCUCUCUUUGAAGGACAGAAGCACUCCGAUGUACCUGAUGUCGAGCUGGUUCGUACAGGUAAAGCAUACAUCGAUGUCGACAAAGUGCAGCGCGAUAUCAGCACUGUCGUGGAAACCACCAAACUAGAUUAG